UUAUAUUUUUAAAGUUUACUUAGCUUACUUCUGGUGUUCCAAGAGUGGGAACUUUUUCCACAAUCUCUCGCAGAAAUGUAGGGUAAGGCUGCGUAUAAUAGACUCCUGUGCUUCCCCGCCCCUUCCCCUCCACCCCAGGAUCACGCGCAAAUCGGGAGCUUAGUGCACCGAACUGCCCUUAUCUUCUAUGGAGUGAUUGUGACAUUCAAAUAUUUGCUGCAUCUAUAAAUCUUACCUGCAUACAAUUUCAAGGUAACCUGUAUUUACAGUUUCAUUAAAAACACGAAAAAACAAGAAACAAAGAUGGUUUUCUCCAGUGGUGAAGAAGUUCAGGCUACAUUUCAACAAAAUUAUGAUAGACAGAGUGAAUUAAAGGCAUUUGAUGACACAAAAGCUGGUGUUAAAGGGGUUGUUGAUGCUGGAAUUACUAAAGUACCCUGGAUGUUCAUUCAUCCACAAGAAAGCAUACACAACUCCUCAAACUCCACUGAGAAAAAGUUCAUUUUUCCAGUAAUAGAUCUUGAAGGCUUUGAUAAGGAUCCAAUCAAGCAUAAAGAGAUUGUGGAUAAAGUUCGAGAUGCAUCAGAGACAUGGGGAUUUUUUCAAGUGGUCAAUCAUGGCAUUCCAUUACCUGUCCUUGAAGAAAUGUUACAAGGAGCUCGGCGAUUUUUCGAGCAAGAUAUCGAGAUUAAGAAACGAUAUUAUACUCGAGAUAAUACAAAAAAAGUGGCACAUGUUAGCAAUUUUGAUUUGUACAGCAAAUCUGUUCCAGCAGCAAGCUGGAGAGACUCACUUUAUUGUGUUAUGGCUCCUAAUCCUCCUAGUCCAGAAGAAUUGCCAACAGCUUGCAGGGAGAUUUUAAUGGAUUUCUCUAAGCAUAUGAUGAAAUUAGGCUACUCAUUACUCGAAUUAUUGUCCGAGGGCCUCGGUCUCAAUUCUUGGCAUCUUAAAGAUAUGAACAUUGCUGAGGGGCUAUCUAUUGGCCACCAUUACUAUCCGGCAUGUCCUCAGCCGGAACUCACUAUAGGCACCAGAAAGCAUUCAGACUGUGUUUUUAUGACAGUUCUUCUGCAAGAUGAUAUAGGAGGUCUACAAGUUCUUCACCAAAAUCAGUGGAUUGAUGUUCCUCCUACGUCCGGUGCUCUAGUGGUGAAUAUUGGCGAUAUGCUGCAGCUCAUAUCAAAUGACAAGUAUAUAAGUGUUGAGCAUAGAGUAUUGUCAAAUCAAGUAGGUCCAAGAAUAUCAGUCCCAAGCUUCUUCAGCACAGGUGCAUUUCCGUCUUCCAAGAUUUAUGGACCAAUUAAGGAAUUGUUAUCAGAAUGUAAUCCGCCAAAGUAUCGUGCAACCACAGUGAAGGAAUAUACAGACUUCUUCCGUAGUAAAGGCUUUGAUGGAACUUCUGCAUUGAUGCAUUACAAGAUCCUAUCCUAGAAAUGGAGAAAUUUAGUCGAAUGCAUAUCAGAGCUCUGAAUUGAACUCAUGAUGUACAAUUAGCAAAUAAAAUAUACUGUAACUAAAAUUUCCAUAUAUGUUGCCAAAUACCUUGCUAAUUUAGUGGUGGAAUUUGUUUUAAUCAAUCUGUUAAAAUUAAUGUAUUGUCUUGUCCCCAUUUGUCCA